AUGAAGAUAAAACAGGAGAAUGCCUCCUUAUUUGAUAUGUUAGAUAUAUUCUCUACUGCUAUCUCAAGAAUGAAGCUGAAGAAACGAAUACAAAAGAUAGAAAACACCGCCAGUGAAGUGAAGAAGUCAUCACUCUUGGGUGUGGCAAGCAAAACCACACAAAAUGAUAUUGCCAACAAGAACAGGAGCAAAAUUAGAACUUCUAGCAAGCGGAAGGUAUUUGGUCGAGAGGCGUUGCGUGAUAAUAUCAUGGCAAAGCUCCGUGAGACAUCACCGAGCUCGGGUAAAAGUCCGUGUUACUCGGUGAUUGGCAUAUAUGGUGUUGCCGGGUCUGGGAAGACUACUUUUGCAAGAUAUACCCGAGAUUACAUAGAGAAGAAAUGCAAGGAGGAGAAACUUUUUGACACCACCAUGUGCAUUCAUGUUUCGGAGACUUUCAGUGUCGAUGAUAUAUUUCAUGAAAUGCUGAAGGAUAUUACCGGAGAUCGGCACUCCAAUAUUUCAGAUCAUGAGGAGCUUGAAGAGAAGUUGAAUAAAGAAUUGCAUGGCAAACGUUUCUUUUUGAUAUUGGAUGAUCUCUGGGUGAAGACCAAGAACGACCCACAACUGGAGGAACUAAUCUCUCCACUUCUUGUUGGGGCGAAAGGAAGCAAAAUACUGGUGACGGCUCGAACAAAAGAUGCAGCUGGUGCUCUAUGUGCCAGUGAACGUAUUAAAAUGCCUGAUUUGGAUGAGGAUCAGUACUUUUUGAUGUUUAUGCAUUAUGCACCGGGCGGCACAAGUGUUGCUGAUGAAGAAGAAUUUAUACGAGUUGGGAGGGUGAUUGCAGAAAAGCUACACCAAUCACCUAUUGCAGCAGUAGCAGUGGCAGGACGGCUUGGGACAAACCCAGAUAUCAUGUUUUGGAAAAAUACUGCAAACCAUGGCAUGUUGAGUGACACCAUGGAUGCUCUUUGGUGGAGCUAUCAGUCGCUUAAUCCGGACAUCAGGCGUUGCUUUGAAUUCUGCAAUAUUUUCCCUCGAAGAUCGAAGUUGAGAAAGGACGAGUUAGUUCACCUGUGGAUAGCGCAAGGGUUUGUAAAGAGCAGUUGUGCAACAGAGGACAUGGAAGAUGUAGCCGAGGGCUACAUUCAAGAGUUAGUGUCAUGCUCAUUUCUGCAACCAGAAGUAGAUGAUUCCUCUGAAGAAGAAUACUUUACAAUUCAUGAUCUGCUGCAUGACUUAUUAGCCAAGGUUGCUGGAAGUGAAUGCUUCAGAAUUGAGAAUACAAGGAGCCACAGAGGAGAAGGCUGGGACGAAGAAGUCCCUCAAGAUGUCCGCCAUCUUUUUGUUCAGAAUUAUGAUGCAGAAUUGAUUAGUAAGAAGAUCCUUGGAUUGGAAAAUUUACGCACUCUCAUCAUGGAUGUUGUUGAAUUCAAUACACCAGUCGAGGAAAAAGUCAUUGAGAGUAUAUGCAAGAGGCUGCCAAAAUUGCGGGUACUGGCCGUUGCUUUCAGCGAGAAACAGAUUGGAAUCAGGAAAUCCAAUAAGUUCUCGGUCCCAAAAUCUAUUGCUCAGUUAAAGCACGUACACUAUCUUGCUUUUAGGACAUUUGGCUCAUGCUCUGUAACUUUACCAAGCGCACUAACAAAACUUCACCAUAUACAGCUCCUAGAUUUUUACCAUGGCAAAUUAAUGUUGGAAUUUCCCUUUGCUGAGCUUGUGAACCUGAGGCACCUGUUCUGCUGGCCAUCCUUGAAAUUCCCUAAUUUGGGCAGGCUGAUCUCACUCCAAACGCUACCAUGUUUCACAGUAAGUAAUGAACAAGGGUAUGAGGUAAAGCAGCUUAGGGACCUAAACAAGCUUCGUGGCGAGCUGUUGAUCCGUGGCCUUGAAAAUGUGAAAAGCAAGGAGGAGGCUCUUGAAGCCAAUCUAGCUGCCAAGGAAUGGCUCACAGAUCUGAGGUUGGAAUGGGAUGGUGAUAAUGAUACAAGGUGCAGUCCAGAAGUUGAAGCAGAGGUACUUGAGGGCCUGUGCCCUCCCGUGGGGCUUCAAAUACUUGUAAUACAUGGAUACAGAGGUUCAAGGUACCCAGAUUGGAUGGUGGGUAAGCAGAGCGGUGGGCCAGAGGCCCUGCAACAUCUUUCUCUCUCAGGAUGCAGCCAACUGGGACCUGGUACUGAAUUUGAGGCUUUCCCUCAUCUUCGUGUGCUCCAGAUUUGGUUCUGCAGCUGGGAGUCCUUACCAGGCAACAUGGAGCGCCUCACGCUGCUCAAGCAACUGUAUAUCUGGUGUUGCAAGAAUAUCCGGUCUCUUCCAACACUGCCCCAGUCUAUUGAGGAAUUGUAUCUUGCUUCCUGCAACCAUGAGUUGAUGAAGUCUUGUAAAACAGCCGGACAUCCAAACUGGCAAAAGAUUGAGCACAUCCCCAGGAAAUAUAUUGGGUGA